AUGUCUUCCUUCUACGCUUCAUCGCCUACCGUCGUCCUCCCUGCUCCUUCGGCGCAAUACUUCCCUCACUCGCAAAUACACCAACCACCUACUACCAUGGGUAACAACACUUUCUUCAAGCAGACUGCUCCACCUACACAAUCCCUCCCUUCUGCUGCUGGCCGCAAACGCUCACGCGACGAUGAUGACGAUGACGAGGUCGCUCUGGCUGCUCCUGUCGCUACUCCACCAAUCGACCGUGGAGAACCUGUCUAUGGCCCCGGAAUGACACUUCUCAACAAUCCUUACGGACAAUCCUCUACUGGUUCCUGGGUUGAAAACACGUGGGUUGAAACACCCCAAGUCAGCCCUGUAGCCACCCAAGCAUCCAGGCCCGCCAUGCCCAGUCGCAAAUCCCAACGUCUCGCUCCCUCAGGCCCUGAAUCAGAUGACAUCGCCCUAACCAUCGAGGCAUCGGCUCAUCGUCGCACUGCAUCAGUUGAGCCCCUGAUUGACGAGGUCACGCGCCUUCUCGGCAUCUCAUGGAUGCGUCUUGAUGCUAGCGAAGCACUUCAAAUCUCAGCAAAAGCCUACACAAGAUGGGUUCGCAGACACUAUCCUGGUCUUGCCGACAUCGAGCUUUGGUUCGAAAACUCUUCUAUUCCUGGUUACCUUGGUGUCGCAACCAAUAAAGCCUCUGGUCAAAAAGUCUUUUUGCUUUGGAGCAAUGAUCUUAAGCAAGCUGUUCUCGUAACGAGGAACCCGAACGAGCUGGUUUCGAAACUGAUGUCUCCUCAAACAAUCAUCAGCUCGGCAACUGAAUCCAUGUUCGCCAGUGACGAACCUGUCGCCGACGACUCGUCAGACAAAGGCUCGCCAAGCCCAACCUUUGCUAUUCCUUCUGUCGUUCCUCAGGCUUCGGCUGCCAUGGACAUCGAUUAG